AUUCUGGAAGUUUACCGCUUUGAUUCUGUUUUAUUCUACAGCUACCGCCUGUCUCCUGAGCAUCUUCCUCCCGCUCAGUACAAGGACUGCCUUGCUGCUACCAUACACUUAAUUCAAAAUGCAGCUUCCCAUGGGGUGGAUCCUUCCAAGAUCAUUGUUGGUGGGGACAGUGCGGGGGGCAAUUAUGCUUGUGUUGUUGCCCAGAAAUUGGUGGAGAUAUCAGACCUUCCAAAGCUACGGGCUCAAGUGCUCAUCUAUCCUUUGACACAGACUAUGGACUUCAACCUGCCUUCCUAUCAGCAGAACAGUUCAGUGCCCAUCCUGUUCCGGGAAAACGUUGUUUACUUAUGCCUGAAGUACUUUGGAAAGGACCCUUCUUUGUUAGGCCAGGUCCUGAAGGGCUCUCAUGUGCCAGAUUCAAUGAGGCUGAAAUAUGGGAAAUGGGUGAGUCCAGACAACCUUCCAGAGAGAUUUAAGGGGAGAGGCUACAAACAAGUCCCACUUGCUCCUUAUGAACCUGAAGUCUAUAGGCAACUGUCAGAGAUAUUAGAAGCCGAUUUUUCUUGCCUUUUUGCUGAGGACUCUGUCAUCCAGAAGCUUCCUGAAACCCUAAUUGUGAGCUGCGAGUACGACAUAUUACGAGACGAAGUACUGCUGUACAAGAAACGUCUGGAGGACAAUGGGGUGAAAGUCAGCUGGUUCCAUGUUGAGAACGGGUUUCAUGGGAUGAUAAACUUUUUCAAAGGAUGCAUCUUUGCAUUCCCCGCUGCAGCUGAAUUAACAGACAGCAUCGUAGACUUUGUCAAAAACUUAUGA